UUACUAUCUAUGUCAAGUUGAUCGUGUCUGUUAACUGGCAUGAAUUCCGCAAUUGUUAUUUUCAGAAUAUAUUAUUAUUACUAUUAUAUACUGUUUCCCACCUAAUAAUAAUAAUAAUUAAUAAUAAUAAAUAAUAAUAAUAGGUAUUAUAGUAAGUUGAAUUCUAAAAAUUAACCCUCACACUCUAAACAACAGACAACGUUUUUUAGUGGUGAAAUCUAACGUUCACCCUUAGCAGUCUCAGCUUAGAAAUCUGAUUGGCUCGUUGAGAAUAGCCAUACAAAAAUCAGUUUUCCUGUAAUCCAAUCACAUUGUAACGUUGGUUUAUUUUCUAAUUUUCAAAUUAAUCAACUAGAGGUUAAAAAUACAAACUUCUCACUUAUUAUGACAUGGAGAUUAAAAGUUCCCGCUAUUUGCAAUACCCUGUAUUACAAUUCUGUGUUAUAAUAAUUUGUCUAAUCUACGGUGAAAUCAUACAUCCGUAUAUUUCAUUGAACGCAUGGAGACUGCCUCAUACGAAGUUGGCUACUAAACUGUAUAUUUUCAUAAUUUUAGACCAAGUGAAGAUGAAGUGAGGAUUCUACUCAUAGCCGAUUCCCAUAUUGAAGGUUAUCAUUCGAAUCUAUGGAUUUUCAAUGAAAUACUACAGGCUGACAGUGAUGAUUAUCUUCGAUUUUAUUUCAUAAAAGCUGUACAACGAACAAAUCCUAAUGGCGUUAUGUUUUUGGGAGAUCUCCUGGAUACAGGAGAUAUAUCAUUAAAUUCAGAUUUCAUACAUGCAACAUCACGUUUUCGAAAGAUAUUUCUUUCUGAGAAUGAUUUAUUUGUCAUUUUGACACCUGGAGAUAAUGAUAUCGGUGGUGAAGGAAAUCUGAUUACACAAAAAACGUUAACCCGUUUCUUUGCUAAUCUACCUGUUAACUAUGGAGAUUACAAAUAUAAAUUUGUUAAUUUCUACUCAGAUUAUAGGGAGCCUGAAAUCAGACCUAAAAUAUCUAAUGAAAAUUCUGAUGAAAUUAAUGUGUAUAUCAGUCAUUUUCCAGUUAUCUCUCAGGAAUAUGUCCAGUUCCCUUCGAGUUUACUUAAAGCACAUGCCUCUUUAAGUAUUCAUGGUCAUCUUCACAGAAGUCAAAUUAUUCAUUGGAAAAAUACUAAGAAUUCUGAUAAUACACAAUCAAAUGUUGUAUGGAUUCAAACGCCACAAUUAUCAAGUAUAUCAUCACAACCAUUUAGUUUUAAAUUAAAUGAUAGUUUAAAAUUAUUAGAAAUUAAAGAUCAAUAUACACUUAUCAAUCAUGCAAAAGUAUAUGGUGAAUUAAUUUCAAUUGGUGUACCAUCAUGUACUUAUCGUUCUGGGUAUCCUCAUAUAACUGGUAUAGGUUUAUUACAAAUAUAUAAAAAUAAAUCUAUUAUUUAUACAGUAUUACCAUUGUAUAAUCGUUAUUGUACUAUAUUUAUUUAUUGUUUAUUCAUCACUAUAUUUAUAGGAUUAAAAUCUAUUUUUUAUUGUACUGUUGUUUUAUUUAAAUUUAAAUUUUGGCGAAACAUUUUCCUCUUAACUACAAUUAUUUUACUACUGUUAUUAAUCUUUAUUGAAUGUGAAGUAUUUGUUCAAAUUGGGAAAGUAUUUUGAUAUAAUUUCUUAGAUAAACAUGAAACACGUUGUCGUUGUUCUCCUUUUUGAUUUCAUUCAUAUUGCGGGAUAUCUUUGUAUGAUUACUAACACAUUUUUUUAUAUUUGGUAUAGUUGUAUUGGAACUUAACUACUCAGGGAUGUAUAUUUUACACUUUUGCUGUUGUUGUUAUUGUUUUUAUCCACUCCUCACAGUCUUUAUUGUUGCAUUGAAAUAAACUGCUUGUUACUUAAGCGUAAAAUCUGUGAUCUAAAUUAGUUUUCUAUUGAUUGCAAUCAGUUUUUCAUUAUACCCUUAGAUUUAAACAGUUUUUUUUUGUAAAAUCUAACUUUCAAAGUAUUUUGUAUUAUUUGUGUCUUUGAUAGUGACAUUGAUGAAUUGUAUUAUGUUAAUGUGGAAUAAAUUAUUUAAAUG